AUGGGCACGGGGGGGAGGACUGGGGGGGGAGGGGGAAUGGGCGGGGGCAUGGGCAGGGGAAUGGGCGGGGUGAGGGUUGGGGAAGGCAGGAUGGGGAAGGGGGAAGGGGAGAGUGGGGGGAUGGGGGAGAGCCGGAUGGGGGAAGAGCGAGUGGUGGGGGGCGGGGAGGAUGGGGGGAGAGAAGAAGGGGAGGUGGGGAGUGGGAAGAGGGGGACUGGGGGAGAGGGCGAUGGGGACGAGAGGGGUGGGGGGGAGGACCAUGGGGGGAAGAGGGACCGUGGGGAGGGGAAGGGUCUGGGGCAAGAGAAGGAUCAGGGGGGUGGUGGGGAGAAACAGCGGAGGGAAAAUGGGACGGUGGGUGGUGGGGGGGAAGGGGGGCAGACAGGGGAAGAGGAGGAUGGGGAGGAGGAGGAGGGCGAGAAAGGGAAUGGGAAGGAGGGAGGCGAGGCAUGGGAAUGGGGGCAGACAGAGGGAUGGGUAUGGGCAUGGGGGGAGGAGGGAUGGGGGGAGGGAUGGGAGGGGCGGGUGGCGUGUCGGCGUGGCAGCAGCAGCGGCCCUUCCCCGGUUGGCCUGUUCCACUUGCGAGUGCUCAUAGAGCGGCAGCACCGCAUCACACAGCGCCUGCACUCUGGUGCAUGGGGGGACAGUGGCAGCAGCACCACUGGCAGCAGCAGCAGCAGCAGCAGCACUGGAAGCAGCAGCAGCAGUAGCAGUAGUGGGGCGGCAUGGUGGGAAGACAUGGUUAUGCUUCCCACUGGUGGGCGGGCGGCGACAGCUGGCAUCUUGCUCCAGCCAAUCAGAGGCGAGGGGGGAAGAGUGGUGGUAGAGGAGGCGAAGGAAGAAAGGUCCGGAAAGCGCGUGAGAGUGGCAGGCAGCGGCAGGGGGAGGGAGCGAGGGGAGGAAGAGGAGAGGGAGGUCGAGGAGGAGGAGGAAGGGGAGGGUGGAGGAGGAGGAGACACGGAGGGUGACGAAGUGCUGUGGCGGCGUUUGGCUCUAUUCACCUCUCUGCUGUGCUUCCUCCUCCCUCUAGUGCUCGCCAAACACAUGGACCGGAUCGCUGCCUUCCUCCACCUCGACCCCCCCAAAACCGAGCAAAUGCCCGUCACCCCCGCACUGCACCACUUGUCACCGCACCACACCGCAGCACAGCAGCACAGGCGAGGCGGGGCGGUGGGCCAGGCACAGCAAGGGGCAGCGGGGGGCGGUGUGAGCAGCCCAGACCUAGCCCAUGGCAUCCGGCAAGGCGGGGGGGCGGCGGGCAAUGGACAGGGGGGUGGUGCAGGAGCCCAUGGGCAGACGCAGAUCCAUGGGCAGGGGAGCCAUGGGCAGGGGGAGGAGGUGGCAGCAGCGCCAUUCAGCAAGCGCCUGGCGUACCGAGUGGAUGUGCUCUUCUCCACGCACUCCUAUGUCAAGAGCCUUGCGCUGCUCACCGCCACGCUCGUGCUCAUCGCAGUGGGCGGCCUGGCCCUGUACGCUGUGAGUGGCAAGGAGCGUCUUGUUCUGGCCGACGCCACGUGGCGCGCCUGGACCUACGUGGCAGAUGCGGGUAACCACGCGGACAGCGAGGGCGUGGGCCCGCGCGUGGUGAGCGUGAGUGUGAGCAUCGGCGGCAUGCUGGUGUUUGCGCUGAUGGUGGGGUUGGUGUCGGAGGGCAUCUCAGAGAAGGUGGACUCGCUCCGCAAGGGCAAGAGCGACGUCAUCGAGCACAACCACACGCUCAUCCUCGGCUGGAGCGACAAGCUCGCGUCGCUGCUGAAGCAGCUGGCGGUGGCGAAUGAGAGCAUGGGAGGCGGCGUGGUGGUGGUGAUGGCGGAGAGGGACAAGGAGGAGAUGGAGAGUGAAAUCUCCAAGAUGGAGUUCGCCUUCAAAGGCACCUCCGUCAUCUGCAGGUCUGGCUCUCCCCUCGUGCUAGCCGACUUAAAGAAGGUGUCAGUGAGCACGGCGCGCUCACUCAUCGUGCUGGCCGAGGCGGAGAAGGCCGAUGCCGCGGAUGCGCGCGCGCUGAGGGUGGUGCUGUCGCUCACGGGCGUGCGGGAGGGGCUGAGGGGACACAUUGUGGUGGAGCUCAGUGACUUGGACAACGAGGCGCUGGUGAAGAUGGUGGGAGGGCAGCAGGUGGAGACGGUGGUAGCACACGACGUGAUAGGGCGGCUCAUGAUCCAGUGUGCGCGGCAGCCCGGCCUGGCGCAGAUAUGGGAGGCGCUGCUGGGGUUCGACAACUGCGAGUUCUACGUCAAGCACUGGCCGCAGCUCGCUGGGAAGCCCUUCAGCGACGUGCUCAUCUCGUUCCCGGAUGCUGUGCCGUGUGGCGUGCGCAUUGCUGGGGAUGGAGGGAGGAUCUGGCUCAACCCGGACGAUGAUUACGUGCUGCAGCCCGACGAUGCAGUGAUGGUGGUGGCGGAGGAUGAUGAUUCGUACGCGCCCGGUCCGCUGCCCCAUGUGCGCCACGCCAUGCUGCCCGACGUCGUCGUGCCGCCCAAGCUGCCCGAAAAGAUCUUAUUCUGCGGAUGGCGGCGCGACAUUGACGACAUGAUUGUGGUGCUCGAAGCCUUUCUUGCCCGCGGCUCGGAGCUGUGGAUAUUCUGUGAGGUGCCGGUGGAGGAGCGGGAGGAGAGGCUGAUGGAGGGCGGGCUCAACCCGGGUGACCUGGAGAACGUGGCGCUCGUGCACCGCGUGGGCAAUGCUGUCAUCCGCCGCCACCUCGAAAGCCUCCCACUUGAGACGUUCGACUCGAUCCUCAUUCUAGCCGACGAAGGCGUGGAGGACUCGGUGAUCAACUCUGACUCGCGCUCGCUCGCCACGCUGCUGCUCAUCCGAGACAUCCAGUCCAAGCGCAUGCCCUACGAGGUCUGCUUCUCCGGCGCCCCUGCCCGCGGGCCCCCGCGCAACGCACACAUCGUGCCCGGCGCUGCCGCCGCCGCCGCCGCUUUCGCUUCUGGCGGCCUGGGAGCAGCAGCAUCAGGGGCAGGCGCAGGGGUCGGGGCGGGGGCUGAUGGUGCUGCUGGUCCCAGUGGAGUCGGGAACGGGAACGGGGGCUCGUGGAUCAGGCAAAUGCAGAAGGCGUCGCAGCAGUCGAUUGUGAUUUCCGAGAUUCUCGACUCGCGGACAAGAUCCCUCGUGGCCGUGUCCAAGAUCAGCGACUAUGUGCUCUCCAAUGAGCUGGUGUCUAUGGCCCUCGCAAUGGUGUCAGAGGAUCGGGAGAUCAACCGCGUGCUGGAAGAGCUCUUCUCAGAAGAGGGCAACGAGAUGUACAUUCGCCCGGCAGAGCUCUAUUUAUACGAGGGCGAGGAGCUGAGCUUCUUUGAGGUGAUGGUGCGCGCGCGGCAGCGCCUGGAGAUUGUGAUUGGCUACCGCCUGGGCGGCGAGGAGGUGGCGGUGCUGAACCCGCCCAACAAGAGUGCCGCCCGGCAGUGGUCGCUCAGCGAUGCCUUCAUCGUGCUCUCUUUGGAGGAAUAA